AUGAAGAAGCCCGCAUCAACAGUUAGGGCCUUGUCCCCAGCGAAGCCGCCGAAAGUAGCCAUCGCCAAAUCAGCACGCAAGAAGCUCACCAAAUCGGCCCCGACUUCGAAAGCCACCUCUGCGAAACCUUCGUCCGGGGAGAAGAGCGUCCCAAAAGCCGCGUCUACCGCUGCGUCUGCGUCUGCUUCCACCCCUGCACCUGCAUCCAGACCAUCAUCUACACGCGCGCCGUCAGCGACUCAUGCGGCGGCCGCCAGACCGGCUGCCAACAUCAAAACCACCACCACCACCACUAGUAGCAAGGCGCCCACGGUCGUAACCACGGCCGCAGCCCCCAUGGACGAUGCCACUUUUGCCGCUCAGCGUGCUGCUGCGCUAGCUGCCUUGCGCGAGCAGCAUGCGCACCACUGCAGCGUGGGCAAGCAGGCAUUGGCCGCAACGGCGCAAUCGGUCGCAGCGGCUCCGACAGUAGCGCAGACGGAAGAACCGGUUGAGAUGGCCCAGGCGGAGAAUCAGCCGCUGAUCGACGUGCGGGUGUCAAAGAGCGCGGUGGUCACGUUGGUACAAGCCUUGGCCUUCGUAUGGGCAAUCGUCGCGGGCUGGUACAUGCUGAGCGUGCUGGGGAAAGGGUUGCUGGUCGUGCUAUGGCCUGUUCGAUGGAUAUUCAAGGGGAUCGCGAUGCUGGGUGGAUGUGUGAGGGGUGGCGGAUGGGGUGGCUGA